AUGGCUGACCCUAGUUUAUACAAAUACGAAUCCCCUCUUAAAGGCUACGAAAACUGUAAGCUAUUACCCGACGAAAAAGCCGAGGAUGGGAAAUCCUACGUAAACCCACCAGCUAAUAAGGCAAGCGAUGCCUACAAUUCAUUCGUAGCCCCUAUUACGAAUGGCAUCCGUGGAGGGUUUGAUGUUCACAUCUACUAUCUUCAGAGUGACGAGGAAGAAACAAAGUUUGCCAAUGAGCUCUGGGAGCGUAUACGUCGCGAGUUCCCUGAGUUACGCAUAUACCGAGUGUGGGAUCGACCAAUUGGACCUCAUCCUCUUGCAAUGUUCGAGGUUAACAUUUUCACUCCACAGCAAUUUGGUGCAUUUAUUCCUUGGCUAGUAAUUAACAGAGGUCCACUUUCAGCACUGAUUCAUCCGAAUACUGAUGAGGAAGAGAGGGACCAUACACAACGCGCAACAUGGAUGGGACAGCCGCUACCUCUCAACUUGAAAAUGUUCAAGAAGAGAGCAGCAUCGAAGGUGUAG